AUGAAUAAAAAAAAUUUAACUCCUCGAUCGCGUAGAAUCUCAACAUUUUAAGACUAGAAUUACAUACUACCAAAACUAUUUUAGAGUGUUGAUUUUUAUUAAAAAUAAAAACAUUCUGUUAGAAUGGUUUCAAAUUAAAAAAUAAAUAAUCUAACAUUCCUUCAUAGAAACAUUAAUUAUUAAACAUCAAAAAGAAGCAUUCAAUAAGAGAAUGGAUAAAAUGGUAUUCAAGAAAACAACAAAGUGUAUGAGGUUAAAAUACAAGUCAAAUUUGUAAAACAUAAAUAAAAGCUGGAAAAAUAAUUAAUAUAGGACUUUCGUCAAGAUUAUAAAUUUGUUAGAUAUCCUAAUGUCCCUAUAAAAUUAAUCAAGGAUGAAAUAGAACUGAGUUAAAAACUGUAAAAAUUACUUACAAAAAUUAAAAAAUGA